AUGGUAUUGUAUUUCUCGGACAUCGGAUCAGAUUUCUUUCAAGUUUCUUCGCUUCUUAGCCGACGAUCUCCAACUUCCAUCUAUCAUCGACCGAAGAUUCCGAAUCUUGUUCAAUAUCUAGUGACAUCGGCGACCCUUCCCGAUAAAGAAUGUUACCCCGACCAUCAUUUCAGCCCUGAGACCCUUGAAAGAUCAAAGUCAAGGGCCCUGGACAACUUAUCCUGCUACCUGUACAGAGUGGUAUUCCGUCUCUAA